UUAAUGGAUCUUAGCUGCAGGUGUCCUUGCCAGUGACAGGAUUAGUAAACCUUUGAUUGACAUUUUUGAAACAAAGGAAUCACUUUCAACAUCUGCACACAUCACGUGAUUCGUUAGUUAAAGCAUUUCAUUUGUGUUUUAACAGCAGUGGCGACGUUUCUUUAGAGUGACGUUUGUGACACAGUUCUACGGAGUUCAUUCGAUAGUUGUCCUUGCGAUUGAAAAAGUUCUUUAGGAUUUUAAUCUGUUAUUUAGGAGCAAAAUAUCGAUCGGAAGAUGGCAGAUUGGGCUCUAUCGGCCGCCGAGCAGGAUAACGGCCUAUCACAAAAGAUUGGAAAUCUAAACAUUAAAUCUACAAAUGACGUGAUGCCUGUUGCAGAGAUAGCAGAAAAAAAUUUAACUGAAAACUCUUCGGGAAACGGCGAACCUGAAAUUCCACUUGCCGAGGCAUCGUUAAUGAGAAAAAUACUACAUACAAAACUAGUUCAUAGCACUCACGAUGUGGAAGUUCAGAGAAAGAAUCCAAAUUCUCCUUUAUAUUCGGUCAAAUCCUUCGAAGAAUUAAACUUGCGUCCAGAACUUCUAAGAGGUGUUUACGAAAUGGGAUUCAAUGCGCCAUCUAAAAUUCAAGAAACAACACUUCCAACGUUACUUGCGAAUCCCCCUCAAAAUAUGAUUGCUCAGUCUCAGAGUGGAACGGGGAAAACGGCCGCUUUUCUGCUGGCGGGUUUAAACCGAGUUGAUCCGGAUAAGAGAUUUCCACAGGUCUUAAUCCUCUCGCCAACCUACGAGUUAGCAGAGCAGACCGGAUUUGUGGCAAAGCAAAUGGCUAAAUUCUGUUCAGAGAUUGGAAUUCGUCUUGCAGUCAGAGGAGAAACACUCGCUAGAGGUGAAAAGAUAUCGGAGCAAGUUAUCAUCGGAACUCCCGGAAAAGUUUUAGAUUGGGUCUUAAAAUUCAAAUCCUUCGACGUCAAGAAAAUUAAGGCGUUUGUACUGGAUGAAGCGGAUAUCCUGAUCGAUAACCAAAAUCGUCACAAUCAAUCGAUCCGAAUUCACAAACAACUUUCUGCCGAGUGCCAGAUGAUGAUGUUUUCUGCAACUUACACCGACGAAGUUAUGGAUUUUGCCAAAAUUAUUGUGCCUAAUCCGGUUGUUUUGCGGCUGAAGAAAGAAGACGAAAAUCUGGAGAACAUCAAACAGUAUUACGUGGUGUGCAGAAAUCCCGAUGAUAAAUUCACUGCCUUAGCAAAUAUUUACGGAGUUUUAUCUAUUGGCCAGGCUAUUAUAUUUUGCCAGACAAGACGUGCUGCUUGUUGGCUAGCCGAGAAAAUGACAAGAGAAGGACACGCAGUUGCCCUUUUAUCUGGCGAUUUGUCGAUCGAACAGCGAAUUGCCGUUCUCAACAGGUUUAGAGAUGGAAAAGAAAAGGUCCUUAUUACAACCAAUGUUUGUGCAAGAGGUAUCGAUAUCGAACAAGUUACUUUAGUGGUAAACUUUGAUUUGCCCGUCGAUCAGAAAGGCAGUGCGGAUUGCGAGACCUACCUUCAUAGAAUUGGCCGCACGGGAAGAUUCGGAAAAUGUGGAAUUGCCAUAAACAUGGCGGAAGGAGAAAGAUCGAUGAAGAUCUUGGAAGAAAUUGAAAACUGUUUCAAGCUGAAGAUCAGCCCAUUGGAUGCCGAAGACGUGGACGAAAUCGAGAAAAUCGAAGACGUUUAAGUCGUAAAUAAGGAAACAUUUCCGGCCGUAAUUAAUAUUUUGCAUAAUUUGUCAACUUGGAAAAUGAAAAUCGGUUUAUAAAAGAUGUUUUGGUUGAAUUUUGCUGUGUAAAAUAAAUAUGAAGGUUAAUCCUGAAGUUGGGUAUUUACUGUAUGGUUUCUUCUGACGUCGGAUUUCGAUGCUUAAUUUGGUGAAAGCAUGCCGAGUUUUAAUUUAUAUGUAAUUAUCAGUAAACAGAUAAUAGCAAUGAUUAUUUUAGACUGUUUUUUUAUUGUUUUCUCCAGAAAGUGUCUGGAGGGUUUCUGUGAAA